CCCUCCUUGAGAUCUCGUCUCCAUUCUCGAAUCUCGACCAUCCCCGUCGCCAAUCUUCUUCUUCCUCUCCCGCCGCCGCCGAUGCCUCCCAAACCCAAACCCUAGAUCCCGCCCGCCUUCGGUCGACACCACUACCGCCCCGCCAUGGAUCUAUCUGCCUCCAGCUCCAGCUCCCGCCACGGGCGCCUCCCCUUCUCCCCGUCAGUCUCCACUCCGACCUUCUCCUCCACUCGCGCCCCGUCCUCGUCCCCCUCGCCGCACCACGACCGCCGCAACUCCACCUCUUCCCCCAAACCCCUCCUCUCUUUCCCUUCCCCUACCUCCAGGCCCAACUCCUCCGCCUCAGCCGCCGGGCCCCGUGCCGCGGCGCCUCCGGGCUUUGCCCACAACGCGCGCAUCUCGGCGGCGCUCGCGCCGGCCGCCGCCUUCCUCCUCGACCUCGGUGGCAUCCCCGUCUUCGCCGUCCUCGCCGUUGGGCUCGCCGCGGCCUACCUUCUCGACGCGCUGCGGCUCCGGCAGGCCGCCUUCUUCACAGUCUGGGCGGCACUGCUCGCUGCUGACGUCGCAUUCUUCUUCUCAGCAUCCCUCUCGUCCGCUGCUUCCACCACGCUGCCCCUCACGCUACUUGCGCUGCUCCUCUGCGCCGAGACCUCCUUCCUCAUAGGCGUCUGGGCGUCCCUCCAAUUCCGCUGGAUCCAGCUUGAGAACCCUACAAUCGUUGCCGCGCUCGAGCGCCUCCUCUUUGCGUGCGUGCCUAUUGCAGCGCCUGCAAUCUUCACAUGGGCAGUUGUCUCUGCAGUCGGCAUGACUAAUGCUUCCUACUAUCUCGCCACAUUCACCAUGCUCUUCUACUGGCUUUUCUCCAUACCCCGCCCGUCUAGCUUCAAGAACCGAAAACAGGAUGCUCCAUUGCAGGACAGUGAUGGCAUCCUUGGCCCGCUGGAGAGCUGUGUGCAUGCCUUGUAUCUACUCUUCGUGCCAGUGCUGUUCCAUGCUGCGUCUCACCACGCCACACUAUUUGCAUCAUGGGCCAAUGUGUGUGAUCUGCUUCUGCUCUUCUUUGUACCAUUCUUGUUCCAGCUCUAUGCAUCUACACGAGGUGCCCUGUGGUGGAUUACCAGGGAUACACGCACAAUGGAUCACAUAAGGAUCACCAAUGGCUUCGUUGCACUUGUUCUAGUGGUCCUCUGCCUAGAGGUUCGAGUUGUAUUUCACGCCUUUGGAAGGUACAUCCAUGCACCCCCGCCACUGAAUUACCUGCUUGUCACCGUCACCAUGCUUGGUGGGGCUUUGGGUCUGGCAGCACAUGCUGCUGGCAAGGUUGGAGAUGCAGCUAGCUCGCUGGCUUUUACGGGGUUGGCCGUGCUUGUCAGUGGAGCAGGUUCUCUAGUCAUUGGAUUCCCUCUCGUGUUCCUUCCACUCCCAAUGCUUUCUGGCUAUUAUGUGGCGAGGUUCUUUACUAAGAAAAGCUUGUCAUCAUACUUCACAUUUGUGGCAAUAUCAAGCUUGAUGGUCCUUUGGUUUGUAGUGCAUAACUAUUGGGAUCUAAAUAUUUGGAUUGCUGGCAUGCCAAUGAAAUCGUUCGUCAAGUACAUUGUCGCAGCUGUCAUCAUGGCAAUGGCUGUUCCUGGUUUGGCACUUCUCCCAACAAAACUGCGCUUUCUUGUGGAACUUGGUCUUAUUGGUCAUGCAUUAUUGCUAUGCUACAUUGAGAACCGACUCUUCAACUAUGCUACCAUGUACUACUUUGGAUUUGAGGAUGAUAUAAUGUAUCCAAAUUAUAUGGUUUUGAUCACAACCUUUUUCGGGUUGGCUCUUGUAAGAAGAUUAUCUGUUGACCAGAGACUUGGGCCCAAAGCUGCUUGGGUCCUGACUUGUCUCUAUUCAUCAAAAUUAUCAAUGUUGUUUAUCACGUCAAGAUCGGUGGUAUGGGUUUCAGCUGUUUUACUACUUGCUGUCACCCCUCCUCUACUUCUUUACAGAGACAAGUCCAAAGGGGCUCCAAUGAUGAAGAUUUGGCAAGCUUAUUUCCAUGCAUCCGUAGUAGCCUUUUCUGCAUGGCUCUGUCGCGAAACAGUUUUUGAAGCUUUACAGUGGUGGAAUGGAAGGCCUCCUUCAGAUGGACUUCUUUUGGGGUCAUAUAUUCUAUUGACUGGUGUUGCUUGCAUCCCAAUAGUGGCUCUCCAUUUCCCUCAUGCUCAGUCAGCAAAGAGAUUACUGGGACUUGUUGUGGCCACAGGGCUUCUUUUUGUGAUUAUGCAGCCUCCUGUUAGACUGUCGUGGGUAUACCGGUCGGAGCUGAUCAUGGCAGCACAUUUAUCUGACGAUGACACUUCAAUAUAUGGUUUUGUGGCAUCUAAGCCCACAUGGCCAUCAUGGCUGCUCAUAGCAACAGGGGUACUUACCUUAGCAGCAGUUACAUCUAUCAUCCCAGUGAAGUAUGUUGUUGAAUUGAGAGCUUUGUAUGCAGUGGGAGCUGGAAUUACACUAGGCAUCUACAUAUCUGUCCAGUACUUCUUCCAGGCAGUUGUUCUAUAUCCUCUUCUUGUUGCAACAAUCGUUUCUGCUGCUGUCUUCAUAGUAUUCACACAUCUUCCAUCUGAGUCCAGCACGAGGGUUUUGCCAUGGGUGUUCUCUUUCUUAGUAGCCUUGUUCCCAGUCACCUAUCUGCUAGAAGGACAAUUAAGGGCCAAAAGUUUUGCAGAUGAGGAUGAAGCUGAGAAGUUCACUAACAUGCUGGCUAUAGAGGGGGCCAGAAUGUCGCUUUUGGGUCUCUAUGCUGCUAUAUUCAUUAUCAUUGCAUUAGAAAUCAAGUUUGAACUAGCUUUGCUGUUGCGUGACAAAGCUGCAGAUAGAGGUAUAGCUCAUGGUCCAUCUGGCGGGCAGGGCUCUGCCUUUCCACCCAAAGCAAGGUUACUGCAGCAACGAAGAGCUCAUGCUGCACCAACUUUCACCAUCAAGAGAUUGGCUGCUGAGGCAGCUUGGAUGCCUGCUAUUGGCAACUUUUCUGUGGUGUUGUGUUUCAUCAUCUGCCUUGUUCUCAACGUAACACUUACUGGUGGCUCAAACCGUGCAAUUUUCUUCCUAGCACCCAUCCUUCUGCUUCUGAACCAGGAUUCAGAUAUCGUUGCAGGAUUUGGUGAGAGGCAACGUUACUUCCCUGUAAUAGUUUCAAUUUCUGGGUAUCUGCUAUUGACAGCAUUGUAUAGGACAUGGGAGGAGACUUGGCCUGGCAGUGGAGGAUGGGCUCUUGAUAUUGGGGGCCCAGGCUGGCUGUAUGCUGUGAAAAAUGUUGCUCUUCUCGUGCUCACACUACCCAAUCACAUACUUUUCAGUCGGUUCAUGUGGGAUUAUGUCAGGCAGAGUGAUUCGAAGCUGCUUCUGACACUGCCUCUCAAUUUGCCGUCAAUUAUAAUGACAGACAUACUUGCCGUGCGUGUUUUAGGGUUGUUAGGAGUUAUUUAUUCCCUAGCGCAGUACCUGAUAUCAAGGCAGAUAAGAAUUGCAGGGAUGAAAUAUAUAUAAAUUAGGACAUAUGUAACUUUUGAGGUAAUCUUGUAUGCUUGGUGCAUUUGUUGUCAGUUGAGUCUCCAGAUCUUUGAGUGCAUUGCUUGCAAGCUUUCAGUCAUACACCAAUUUCUUUCUGAAUCUCUGGACCAAUGCCUGAUGGCUGGGAACAAAUCAAUGCCUUGUGAUACAGAAACGAUUGUCGAUGAUAAUCACUUUUGUACUGGAUUAUCUUUACACAGAGUCCCUGGAGGUGCUCUAGUGUACGUGUUA